AUGGGCCUCAAUGGUUCCCUGGCCUCGCCGAGCUCGCCGUACGUCGGAGUCAACCCGUUGAGUCCAAGCAGACGAACACCGAUCCCUCCUCAGGAGCCCAGCAUUCCCUCGGAUCCAGGACAUGGAAUCCGAAGCGCGCUGCUGGAGGAGUUCCGAAACAACAAGAACAAGAAAUACGAGCUCCGGGACAUUGUCGGCAAUAUCGUCGAGUUCAGCGGCGACCAGCAUGGCUCGCGCUUCAUCCAGCAGAAGCUCGAAACGGCCAGUAGCGAGGAGAAGCAGCUUGUUUUUGAGGAAAUCCUGUCAAACGCACUGCAGCUGAUGACGGACGUCUUUGGCAACUAUGUCAUCCAAAAGUUCUUUGAGCAUGGCAACCAAAUCCAGAAGCAGAUCCUUGCAAAGCAAAUGGAGGGUCAUGUGCUUUCGCUCUCGCUGCAGAUGUACGGCUGUCGAGUUGUACAGAAGGCGCUCGAGCACGUCCUCGUUGACCAGCAGGCCGUGCUCGUCAGAGAACUCGACGGUAACGUCCUCAAGUGCGUCAAGGACCAGAACGGCAACCAUGUCAUCCAGAAGGCAAUCGAGCGCGUCCCCGCCGAGCACAUCCAGUUCAUUGUCGAUGCGUUCCACGGACAGGUCUAUUCGCUGGCCACGCAUCCGUAUGGCUGCCGCGUCAUCCAGCGCAUCUUUGAGCACUCGACUGACGAGCGCAACCAGAUCAUUGGCGGAGACAAUCCGGCCAUCCCCAAUCCGCUCCUUGAGGAAUUGCACCGCUAUACUAUAAAUCUGAUCCAGGAUCAGUAUGGCAACUAUGUGAUCCAGCACGUCCUCGAGCGCGGCAAGCCGUCGGACAAGGCCAUCAUCGUCAACAAAGUGCGGGGCCAGGUCCUGAUGAUGAGCAAGCACAAGUUUGCCAGCAACGUGGUCGAAAAGUGCGUUGCACACGGCAGCAAGAAAGACCGCCAGCUGCUCAUCGAAGAAGUUGUCCAGACCAAGCCGGAUGGCUCGUCUCCGCUUGUUGCCAUGAUGAAGGAUCAGUACGCCAACUAUGUGGUGCAGAAGAUGCUGGAUGUUGUGGACGGCGACCAGAAGGAGCUCCUGAUCCAAAAGAUCAAGCCUCACCUGGCCUCGCUCAAGAAGUACACCUAUGGCAAGCACCUGAUUGCGAGUGAGUGA